AUGGGGUCUACAGAUGAUUCCAGCGAUAAUUUUAAGCCUGGGGAUGACUGCAUUCCCCAAAAGCCCUCGGUGGCUUUUAAAGAAGAAGCCCUGCAAGUUCUUGCCGACUUGCAAGGUAAGGGAAACAAGGAAGCCGAGCUUGUGGUCCUCGAGUUCGAGGAAAUCAGACAGCAGGUUUAUCUCGAGCGUGCGGAGGGCGCCAAGUCAUACAUGGAUCUUUUUAAAGGAAAUAACCCCAGGCGUGUCAUGCUUGGCAUGAGUCUGAGAAUGUGGUCUCAACUUUCUGGAAUGAGCGUGAUGAUGUACUACGUUGUCUAUGUCUUCAAAAGUGCAGGGAUAACGGGAACCCGGACCAUCCUGGUCGCUGAUGUCAUCAGGGAUUCGGGGAAAGUAUGA